ACAUGCUUCUCCCCCCAUAAUUCCCUUCGAAGCACCAUUCCAUUUCUGAUUUCUCACACGGUCACACCACCCACCACCGCUGCCACCGCCGCCUCCUCCUCCUCCUCCCCUCCCCUCUGUUUGCCGUUUCUAAACUCCGAUAAUGCUCUGAUUCUCCCUAUCUCUUCUCUUUCUUUACAUUCCUUUCUCUCUUUACACCAAGCAGAUAAGCUUUAUGGAGUCGCCCGAAUCUGCCUACGUCUCAUCGCCCGAGGUCCCGCCCAAGCGAUCCUCGCCUCCCAGAUCCCCCACUUCAGAUUUUAUGGAGAAGUCUACAUACAUUAGAUUUCUUGUAUCAAAUGCUGCAGCUGGUUCUGUAAUUGGAAAGGGUGGUUCAACUAUUAAUGAUUUUCAGUCACAGUCUGGAGCAAGGAUUCAGUUGUCACGCAACCAUGAAUUUUUUCCUGGAACUUCUGACAGGAUCAUUAUGAUAUCUGGAGCAACAAAUGAAAUAAUUAAAGCAAUGGAACUUAUUCUGGCUAAAUUAUUGAGUGAGAUGCAUACAGAAGAUGGUGACGAAGCAGACCCAAGAUCAAAAGUGAGAUUAAUUGUUCCAAAUAGCUCUUGUGGUGGCAUAAUUGGGAAAGGAGGAUCUACCAUAAAGUCAUUUAUCGAAGACUCCCAAGCCAGCAUUAAGAUAUCUCCUCAAGAUAAUAAUUAUCUUGGAUUGACCGAUAGGCUAGUGACAUUGAUGGGCUCUCUGGAGGAACAGAUGCGGGCGAUUGAUUUGAUUCUCUCUAAGCUGACAGAGGAUCCUCAUUACACACAGUUUAUGAAUGCCCCAUUUUCAUAUGCAGCAGCAUACAAUUCGAUGAACUAUGGACCAAACGGGGCUGGAGGAAAGUUUCAGAAUAACAAGGAAGAUCGAAGCAACUCAGUUACAAUUGGUGUGGCAGAUGAGCAUAUUGGGCUUGUCGUUGGUCGUGGCGGAAGGAAUAUAAUGGACAUCAGUCAGGCCAGUGGGGCUAGAAUAAAGAUAUCUGAUAGGGGUGAUUUCAUGUCCGGGACAACUGAUAGGAAAGUUACAAUCACAGGGUCACAGAGAGCAAUCCGUGCAGCAGAGUCCAUGAUAAUGCAGAAGGUAGCUUCUGCUUCUGAGAGGUGAUGGAUAAGUUUUGGAGUUUUCUCAUCGAUUCUUGUUGAAGAUUUUGUUAGUAGACCUACGUGCAGUUUCUUUAUACGUUUUGGUGAAUUUUGAAAUGUGCUGGCUGACCUUUGCACAUGAUAAAUUGGUGAAAAAAGAGUAGUAGAAAUGUUGGUUGGGAGGCCAUAAAGAAUGGGAGAAAAUUUCAGUUGAAAGAGUUUCUUAGCUUGAUCAGUGUACGGGAAAUUAUUUCUCAAAGAAGACAAGUUGUUGGAAGAGUAUUAUUUACUGUUUUGUUUGGGUGGAUACAGAAAUCAGCUUUAUUUGAUACAUACAAUUGUAACCUCUAAAUUAACCAGUGUAAUGCCUGAUCUAAUAUUCAUUUGAUACUUUUGCUUGAGAUAAGAUUUCUGAGUCGAUGAAUACUAAAAAUUUGCCUUGAUCUUUUAUUGUCA